AUGGUUGGAACCUCCCCUUCACGUUCUUUUGCCAUUGGAGGUAUAUGGAAUCCCGAGAGUCCCAGCCCUACGGACGCACCAAACUGUACAACCGGGGAAGCAGAUGUUACGUUCUUUACUCUGCUCAAGUGCAACUAUUCCGCAGUGGUACUCUACAGCUUGAAAAUGGAGAAUUCUGGUUGCAUCAUCAAACUAUUGUGCCCUACAGAGAAUGUGGUCAAGAAACUCGCUCCUGGGGCCUGUCUGCAACUGACCACUGUUAAGGCUGGGGCCUGCAUUGAGGCAGUGGGACCUGUUCAGGACAGCACCAAGCACCCAGCCUUGCUCCUGUGGCCAACUUCAUACUUCCUUGCCUUCCUCAGAAGCACCGGAGAAAGUCCUCCAUGUGCUUACCACGCUCCAGGCCUCUCAGCGACCCAGCCUGGGUUUAGGAACGCUUACUUUCUCACUACACACCCUACUGAGGCCAUCCCUACUGGAGGUCCCACUGUUGUGGUGACUCCUGUCACCCAGUGUUUCCCAGCAACAGACACCUGGACAACUCCAGUUCUGGGAUUGCGAGUUCAAAUGGCUUCGGAAGGGUCUGUUUUCCUGGGGAUAGAUUUUGGGGACGAUUCAGGAGUCCAAAUGAGGAUCCAAAAUGUGUCCGGAGAAAUCUCAGCCACAGCCUGUCACCAGUACAGGGAAGAAGGUGUUUGGACGCUCAAGGCAGUCUUGUAUAAUGAGAGUUACGGGACUGAAGUGGAACUUGGACCCUAUUACCUGGAAAUUGGUUGUGAGAUUGUGUCUGUGUUCCUGAAUUCCAGCAGUGUGCAUGAGAAUGAAGUUAUUCUCUUUGCUGACUCCCAUACAGAUCAGAAAAGUAAGACUUCCAUCUGGAGCCCGAGCCACCAUUUUACAGCAAUUCCUUCGUAUAAUGUGUCCUUCAUGUGUCAAAAACCAGCGGGUGACAACCAAGCCUGGCCCGGUGUGACUGUUCGGUAUAAGAUGCAGCCUGUUUCCAUCUACACAAACGGAACUGUGUUUGCCACAGAUGUGGACAUCACUUUUGUAGCUGUUACCAAGGAAACAAGUCCCCUGGAGUUUGAGUGGCAUUUUGGAGAAGACCCACCAGUGAGGACAACUUCAAGAAGCAUUGGAAAGAGACUUCGCAUGCCCCAGUGGUACCACGUGGUGGUCAAGGCUUCCAAUGGGAUCACUAGUGUGGUCUCUGAGCCCCACUCCAUCAAUAUCCAGAAGAAAAUCAUCGCUAACCGUCUCUCAUCGAUCUCCUCUGCGCUGGUUAAUGCGAGUGUGACCUUUGAAUGCAGGAUCAAUUUUGGCACCGAUGUUGCUUACCUGUGGAACUUUGGAGACGGUACUAUCAGUCCUGGAAAUAGCACCCAAACUCACAGCUACACGAGGGAGGGAGAAUUUUCAGUGGUGGUCCUUGCCUUUAAUGAUGUCAGCUCCGCCUCGCUAAGAAAGCAACUGUUCAUUGUGCGGACACCCUGCCAGCCGCCACCUGUGAAGAACAUGGGGCCUGAGCAAGUCCAGGUCUGGCGAUCUCAGCCAGUGAGACUGGGAGUGACAUUUGAAGCUGCCAUUCUUUGUGACAUUUCCCAAGGCCUUUCUUAUACCUGGAGUUUUAUGAGGUCUGAUGGCUCCCAUGUGUCCCUUCCCUCUGCUGUAGACAACCAUAAACAAACCAUUGUUCUCCCAAGCUACGCUCUGGAUUAUGGAAACUAUACUGCAGUUGCUAAGGUUCAAGUGGAAGGCAGUGUGGUGUACAGCAACUACUCGGUGGGGGUAGAUGUUCGAGCCAGGGCUCCUGUCAGUGUUAUCUCGGAGGGCACUCACCUUUUCAUCUCUAGGACCCCAUCUUCCACCAUUGUCCUUAGUGGAUCCCAGUCAUAUGACCCCGACGAUCAAGGCACACCUCUCAGGUACCACUGGAAAUGUGCACCUGCUGUAGCUCCUUCACGCUCCUGCUUCCAUGCUCCAGCGCCUGGGGGACUGAACACCACAGCCCCCAUCAUCUCCUUCUCAGCAACGGAUCUCAGUGCUAGCUAUGACCAGUUCCUAGUGACCCUGAUGGUGUCCAGCUCCAACCGAACCUCCUCGGUAUCACAGGUGUUCCUGUCCCUCCACUCAGAACCAGCAUCCAGAUUCAUCCAUCUUUCUCAAGUCAACUUUAAGAACAAUUUUGUUAACUGGAAUGAAGAACUUUCUCUUCGAGCUGUAUGUGAACGCUGUGACGAUAUGUAUAAUCUGUCUUAUUCCUGGGACCUCUUCUUAGUCAAUGCAACAGAGCAGACUAGUUUGGAAGGAGAGCUGUGCUUGAGAGACUGUGCAGAGAAGCGGGAGUCUAAGGACCCUGUUCAGUCCUGGUUCAGCCUUGCUGAAGCAAUUCUCUGUGACUCUCUUUCCUUGGGAGCAGUGGAGCUGCUGGAUUCUUCAAGAUUGGGCACCAUUAUGAAUUUAUCAAAGUCAAACCCACAGUUGGUGAAGCCAAACCCAAGAGAUCCAGGUGUAACAAUUGGACCAUUCUCCUGGGAGCAUCCACAGAUGACAAUUGGCCAAUCGGCCUCUUCAGCCAUGGUGAGACACUCUCAGGCGUCCAAGGUCAAUAGGCCCCAGGCUGUUGCUGCUGUUGUUGAAGCUUCAGGACAAGAAGAUGACAUAGGAGAAGCAGAACUGUCCCAGGAUGCAGAGUUCUUGGAAGAAGGAUCUCCAGUUACUAGCCCUUGGGAGACCAAACAGCCAUCAGGAAGUUCAUUACCACAGAACAUCUCCUUCUACCUCUCUGUUCCUUUUUGUAGAGCAGUGGAGCUGCUGGAUUCUUCAAGAUUGGGCACCAUUAUGAAUUUAUCAAAGUCAAACCCACAGUUGGUGAAGCCAAACCCAAGAGAUCCAGGUGUAACAAUUGGACCAUUCUCCUGGGAGCAUCCACAGAUGACAAUUGGCCAAUCGGCCUCUUCAGCCAUGGUGAGACACUCUCAGGCGUCCAAGGUCAAUAGGCCCCAGGCUGUUGCUGCUGUUGUUGAAGCUUCAGGACAAGAAGAUGACAUAGGAGAAGCAGAACUGUCCCAGGAUGCAGAGUUCUUGGAAGAAGGAUCUCCAGUUACUAGCCCUUGGGAGACCAAACAGCCAUCAGGAAGUUCAUUACCACAGAACAUCUCCUUCUACCUCUCUGAUUUUGAAGCUUAUUAUGGUGAUAUACAAGAAGCAGUACCCUCAAGCGGAAGACAACCAGGGACUAAUAUGAACUUUCCUGAAUCAGAACCAAGUCAAAGUGAUGACCAGAACCCUGAGGAUGGAGAUAACUUGCUUGACCCAUUUCACUCCAUGGGCAGUGCUAUACCCUUACUGAUGAUUGAUUGGCCUAAGUCCCUGAUUAGUCGGGCCAUUUUCCAAGGCUACACUUCAACAGGUGUCGUCAAACGAACUGUGACGAUAAAGCCAUUUUCACUGAGAAGUGGAAAGACGUAUGUCAUACAAGCAUCUGCAGCUUCAAAACACAUCUUUCUAGGUAAAGCUCAGCUCUACUUAACGGUCAACAGAGUCCCCCAGAAUGUAGCAUGUCAGGUACAGCCCCAUCGAGGCCAUGAAGCCCAGACCAUUUUCAGUGUUUUCUGCAUGUCAGGAGAACCGGACUUUCAUUAUGAAUUUAGUUACUGGAUAGGAAAUGGAACUAAACGUACUUUGUACCAUGGAAGAGAUGCUCAAUAUUAUUUUGCUUUGCCUGCUGGUGAGCCACUGAACAAUUAUAGAGUCAUGGUUUCCACUGAGAUCACAGAUGGGGAAGGAUCCAAGUCGCAGCCUUGUGUGGUGGCAGUGACCGUGCUGCCUCGUUUCCACGAGAAUGCAACCCCGGCCGAUUCUUGCCCAAGCGAGGAUCUAUAUAAUUCCAGUUUGAAAAACCUAUCUGCCCUCCAGCGGACGAGGAGUUUCACGGAAACCAGGAACUACAUCAUCAUGAUCACCAGGAUUCUGAGUCGUUUGGCCAAGGAGGGCAGAGGCCCCUCAUGUGGCCACUGGUCAGCAAUACAGGAUGCAUUCAUUUCUUCAGUAUUCAAACUAGAUUUUGUUGAUCAGGAAGAAAUCAUCGAUUCCGUCCUUAUGCUGCGAGAUCUCAUAAGCUUCCCUAAUGAGUUAACCUUCAGGAGUGGGAGUCUCAUCAUCAAAUACAUGUGGGCACUCCUGGCUCGAAGCCAGUUACUUGAGAGGUUUGUGACUGACAGAGAAUUGAUGUUGAAGCUCAUUGGUCUGGUGUCUGGAGUCUGGCAAGUUUCUGAGCAAGAAAAAUCAAGGACUGUGGAUUAUCUCCGAGAAGAAGGAAUUAAAGUUAUUUCACAUCUAUUGUUAAACUCUCUCUUUAUGAGCGGCAAGCUUCAGCUCCACAUUGGCACGGAAGAGAUGGAAUUCCAGGCCUGCUUUCAUGACAGCCUUCAGAAGACCGUCCAGAGCAUGGGCUCUGUCCAGGUUCACUUACCCAGGGAAGGAGCUGGGCAGCAUCCUGCUGGAGCCGGCAUUCAGAACCCAUGCUACAUUAGUCAGACCAUACUCUUCAAACUGAAUUCCUAUCCAGGGGGACAGGCUCCUGGUCAGCUUGCUGGGACGGUGGAUGUCCGUCUCUACAACUGCUCUAGCAGAAGGCCCUGCAGCAGACGGUGGCUGCCGAUGCCUGUGACCGUUGAGUUCAAGGAGGAAGAUGACCUGGGGAAACGGAGAAAUGAAACUGCGUUUGUAUUGCCUCGGGACAAAGUGAAUUUUCAUCAGUUCAUCGGGCACUCGGAAAACUCCCAGGAAUCUCUACAGAUAAGAAUCCAAUUUGUGAAGACUAUCACAAGAGCCUUUCCCAUAAUGUUGCUAGUAAGAUCCUCCAAGAAGCCUACUCCCUCUGAUUUUCUGGUGAAACAGAUGUACCUGUGGGAUGAGAAGAUUAUACAGAUAUAUAUACCUGCUGUUCUAUUGAAAGAUUCCACCUCAGGUUAUUUGGCCAUAUUGGACGCUAGCUACGACAGACCAUCUUCAAACAAAUAUUUAGCCAGCACAGUGAAUUAUACAGUGGAUUUCCAGUGGCUCCAGUGCCUGUUUUGGGAUAAAAGAAGGUGGAAAUCUAACACCUUGCCCCCACAACCAGGAACUUCUCCAGAUAAGGUUAACUGCAGCUAUGAUCACCUCACAGCCUUCACUCUCGCAAGAAGAAAGCUGAACGCCAGUUUUGAAAUGAGCGACAUUUCUACUUUACAAAGACACCCAGAAAACCUGAUUCCAAGUGUUUUUAUUGUGCUUUUUAUGAUUCUUUAUGCAUUUUUGGUUACUAAAAGCAUGCAUACAGAUCAUCAUGAAAGAAAGAAAUCCGGUUACAUUUUUCUGCAAGGUAGCUCCUCGCCAGACCAACAGCUCUAUGCAGUUGUUAUUGACACAGGCUUCCGUGCUCCAUCCCAGCUGACUGCAAAGGUUUACAUUGUUUUGUAUGGUGAAACUGGACUUUCAGAAACCAGAGAGCUCUCCUGUCCAGAGAAACCCCUAUUUGAAAGGAAUUCCAGGCACACCUUUAUACUGAGUGUUCCUGGUCGUCUUGGUCCUCUGUGGAAGGUCCGCCUCUGGCACAACAACCGUGGUCCUUCUCCAAGCUGGUACAUCAGCCAUCUGCUGGUGCAGGACCUGUGCACGGGGCAAAGCUGGUUCUUCCCUGCAGAGUGUUGGCUUGCUGCGGGCCACGGAGAUGGAAAAGUGGAGCGAGAACUCAUCCCUCUGCACCAAGGCCCUGGCUUCUGGAAGCUUCUGUAUGCCAAAUUCACAGAGUUCCUGGAGGAUUUCCACAUCUGGAUCUCUGUGUACAGCCGGCCCUCCUACAGCUGCUACCUCCACACACAGCGGCUCACCAUCUCUUUCUCCUUGCUGUGCAUGUAUUCCUGUCUCACCGCUGCACUCACUGCUGCACAAGAGCAGCUCUCGUUAGAUGUCAGUCCAACCCACAUCACCAGUGGCUCCUUCAGAACAAGCCUUCUCUGUACACUGGUGGCUUUUCCCGGAGCCCUGCUCUUGUCACUGCUCUUCCGACUCAGCCAGGUCAACAGUUUUGAGAUGCACAGUUAUCACGCACCCAGUGGAGGACUCGCAGCCCCGGCUCCCCAAUGGCAGCAAAUGCUUUCACCUUGGCUGAGCUUUGCUGGGUGGGUCCUGUGCACAUUUGUGUCUAUUGCAUGCUGUUUGGGGACAGGAAUUCUAGGAUACAGGUUUGGUCCAACCCAAUGUGCCCAGUGGCUGCACCUGCUGAUCCUCUCAGUGAUGAGUUGCGCUCUCAUUACCCAGCCGAUGGCGUUGUGUUUGAGGGCAUCGGGUUUUGCUUGGAAGAGGAAAGAUGACAAAGCCUUCUUUACUGAAUCUCUAUGUGAUGCCACCAAGGAGUUAGCAUCGGAAUUGGAGCACCUUUCCCAAACCUGCGUCCCUCUUUCUGCAAGCUGUGGCGUACCUGACUGUGCCAGUGAAUUUGAAAAAAUAUUGGCUACCAGGCAACACACACGCCAUCUACGCUGGGCUUGUCCACCAUCGAUAGCCCAGCUCCGAACAACCAAGGAAAGGAUGAGAAAAGAGGCUUAUGCGCAAACAGUUCUGAGAGACUUUUUCAUGUCCAUUCUCAUGUUCAUUCUGCUGGUGUUUAUAAUAUAUGGGAAAUUCUCCCAGGAUGAAUAUGCUCUGAAUCAAGCUAUCCGAAAUGAAUUUACCAGAAAUAUUGAGAACUCCUUUGGUGGUCUGAAACGUUUUGAUGACUGGUGGGAGUGGAGUCUGACCAAGCUUCUAGAUGGCCUGUAUGGGGACAACAUGCAGAGGGCCCAGACUGGCGCUCUUGGAGGGAAAUGCUAUCUAAUUGGCACUGUAGUCAUUAAACAGCUAAAUAGUCCUCCAAACAAUUUUUGCAAGUCUGUGAUCAUGGACACGAUGCUUCACUUAAUGCUAGUAUUACUUCUGAAUGGCAUCGUGUGGAGGAAGGAACUGAGCCUUAGAGAGACUGAACCAUUACCCACGUGGAGCCAGGCUUUGAAGCAACAAGCCUGUGGUAGCCUAUGUCUUGCCUCGUCUGAAGUCCACACAGCCCUGAUCAAUCUCAGGGCCAAGCAAUGGAUCGGGAAAGACACCAAAGCUGUGUCUGUGCACUUCACUUUCUUCAACCCUCCAACCCAGCUCCUCACCAGUGUGUCCCUAAGAGCAGAAGUACUACCUGCAGGAAGUUUCCUUUUCUCCUCUCAGGUGGAAUCAGUCCAUAUCUUCCUCAGUGACUCAGCCACGAGAUACCUCCUUCUGCUCCCUGAGCUGCUCUUUCUGAUGCUCAACAUGGUUCACCUCUGCUUUCAACUCUUCAGUAUGAUUGAGAAAGGCAUCUUCCGCUACUGGAAAAAAAUAAGCAAUUGGCUGGAGUUCUCUGUGGUUGGACUGAGCCUUGCCUACUACGCAGCUUCCAAUCAUCUUGUUAUUCUUGCUGGAGGUGUUAUCAACCAGUUUCAUAAGGAAUUUUUUCAAGAAUUUGUGGACCUCCGUUUUAUUGUAUCCUGGAAUCAGAGACUACGGUGGCUCCAAGGAAUCCUUUUGUUCCUCUUAAUCUUCAAAAGCAUCUGUCCUCUCAGCACUCCCAAAACAAUGGUCUACUACUCCUUCUUGCUGUGCCACUCAGACUCCAUGGCCAUCACUCAAGGGUUGGCUGGAUUCCUGGUGGUGGCCCUCCACUCCCAUCUGCACAAUCUCCUGCUCUGCUCCCAGUUUCUACCACUGCGCACCUUUGCAGAUUCCUCCCACAUGCUGCCAGUUCCAUUUUGGGGAAGAAGCCGAAGAAAAGCAUCAGCCUUUGUCAAGUCUGAUCAGUGGGCCAUGGCUUACUAUCAUGGGGCCAUUUGUACAGUAAUGACGACUUUGUGGCUGGCUAUGCUGAGAGUAUCCCUCAUGAAUUUAACCAGAAAAAGGAAUUCUUUUCAAAAUAAAUAUAUUGUGAGACUGAAAGAUGUCACUGCUUACACUUGGGAAAAGGUCCUCGUCUUUCUAGGACUGGAAAGACCACGGCCGGAGGAGACUCAGGGGGAUGAGCAUCAUACAUACUACCUGGAUGAAUUUGAAGAUCUCCUAGAUGUACUGCUGUUGAAGAUUGAUGACCUGUCCAACAGCCUACACAUUCCUGCUCUAGAAACACACACCAGUAGAACAAGGGAGGCCAGGGCAGAUGAGAGCCCUGCCGUGGGCAUUCCUGACUCCCAAGCUGCUCAGUUUGGAAAGAACCGAGCCUGA